AUGUCAGCUUUCUGCCUCGAUCUGCACACAUCUUCCGCGGUUUCAGCACCACUCGAGCUGGACAGCGACUGCAUGGAGCACCCACUGGAUGAGGGAAACACAAGCCCACAAGAUACGGGAGGAUUUCCGGGCCACUCGCUGCUACACACGGGCUCUGGCGGCCUUGGGAUGGCGUUAGAAGAGGAGUUAGCCAUGCUCACUGGAGAGCGGGAGGAGGAAGAGUUAUCUACCUUAGAUGAGCCUAUUAUAGGACAAAAUACUGACUUGUUGUCUCUCUUCCGCCAAAAGGAAAAGGACUUAGUUUUAGCUGCUAAACUCGGCAAAGCACUGCUUGAGCGAAACCAAGACCUGACUAAGCAAUAUGAACAAAUGAACAAAGAUCUUAACGAGAAAUUGGAGCACCUGGAACAGGAGAAGCACGAGCUGCGACGGCGGCUGGAGAGCCGCGAGGGCGAGUGGGAGGGCCGCGUGGCCGAACUGGAGACGGAUGUCCUGCAGCUGCAGGGGGAGCUGGAGCGCCACCAGGCCCAGCUGAGGGAGGCUGAGCGGGACAAGACCCGGGCUGUCAGCCAGCUGGCCGAGCAGAACCACAGGCUACUGGAACAACUCAGUCGGGCUGCUGAGGUGGAGAGGCAGCUGUCCACUCAGGUCCACUCCUUACGAGAUGACUUCCGCGAGAAGAGCGUCUCCACCAACCAGCACAUAACACGUCUGGAGAGCCUACAGGCCGAGAUUAAGAUGCUGUCGGAGCGAAAGAGAGAGCUGGAACGCCGUUUCCACGCCGUUCUAGAGGAGAACGAGGUGCUGCAGAACAGCGUGGAAGAACUGCGAGAGAGAACCCUGGUUCUGGAGAAGCGGUGUCGAGAGAAGGACUCGCAGCUGCACCAGAGCCAGCUGGAGCUGCGGGAGGUGCAGGUGUCUCACCGGCAGCUGAGCGCCCGCCUGGAGGAGCUGGCCGACGAGAGGAGCCUGCAGGGCCUCAGCCCGCACCCGUCCAGCCUGCUGUGUGAGAUCGAACAGAGCAUGGAGCAGGAGGAGCAGGAACAGGAGAGGGAGCAGCUCCGUCUGCAGUUGUGGGAGGCCUAUUGCCAGGUGCGAGCGCUCUGCUCCCACCUGCGGGGCAACGACAUCACCGACUCGGCCCUGUCCACCGACUCUUCCAUGGACGAGUCUUCGGAGACGUCCUCCGCCAAGGACGUGCCCACCGGGAGCCUGCACGCUGGCCUGCUGGAGCUACGCCGCCUCACUCAGAACCUGCUGGAUGGCAACGAGUCCACGGGUUCCCGGCGUAGCGAUGAGGAAGCACUAGAAGACCAGGUGAGAAAGCUGGGGGAGGAGCUACGGGACGUGAGGGAACAGUACGAGACGGAACAGCUCAGAGCACGGAACAGUCAGGAAGAACUCCUUCAAAUGCACAAUCAGAUGACGCUGCUCUCCGUGGAGAUGUGCUCGGUGAGGGAGGAGAGCGAGAGGAUGAGAGCCAGGGCUGAAGUCACAGAGCCCAGCGAACAGCUGCAGAACGCCAUCCGGGACAGGGACGACGCCAUCUGCAAGAAGAAAGCAGUGGAGAUGGAGCUGGCCAAAUGUAAGAUAGACAUCAUGUCACUCAACAGCCAACUCCUGGACGCCAUCCAGCAGAAGCUGAAUCUCUCCCAGCAGCUAGAGGCCUGGCAGGAUGACAUGCAUAGAGUGAUUGAUCAGCAGCUGAUGGACAAGCACCAGGAGGAGUGGAAGGCGAGCCCCUUCUCCCUGUCUGUGUCCUCGGGGGCCCACAGCGCCCCCUCUGGUCAGUCCUCCCGGAGGGCCCACCGCCGCUCUGAUGGAGACAAGAGGCUCUUCUCCUUCUUCAAAAAGAACUGAGCACCUCUGGACUGGCCACAGCGAGCACAAGAGAGAAAGAGAGAGAGAGAAAAAGUGAAGUGAGAGAAGGAGGGAGCGAGAGAGGGGGGGUCACAGGUCAAGACAGCCAAAGAUGAAGGCAGUGACACAGCACUACGGACCGCGAGGCACCAGUGAGGUUCAGGGGUCAUUUUUGCACUUUAUCUGCCCUAUCACGUCUUUCCUUACAGAUUCUGACGAAUAGAGACCGAGACAAAGGAUCUAAUGGACUGUUUCGAAAGACAUCCCCAGAGGCCUUGGCACUGCAGUCUCCCUAAAACCUCCAGGGUGCCCAGUGUUACAGUACAGGGUCACACAGAGCCCCUCCUGAAAGAAAGGUCCCAGUUGUGCCUCCCUCCCUCGGGUGAGGAUGGUGGGGGAAUAGAAAAAUGGGGUUUUUGGAAAGGAGACUUCCAUAGAGGGACAGUGACCAAUGUCUAGGGGGUAAACAUGUUCCAGCUCUGUAAUGUUUACUCCAGUUUAUUCAGAUACUCAGGGAGCUAUACAUCGAGGCCUUAUUUCCUGCCAGUCUGUACAAUCAGAAGGAUGGAUGCUUGUUCAAAUGAACCCAAUGAACUCUACGUUCAUCAUUCCAUUACAGAGAUGUUCUUUUACAGUACAUUUAAAGACCGAAUAGUUGUUGAAAUUAGGGAUGCACCCAACAUAUAGACAUCAGCGUUGCAACUGAGCUUUAGCCUAAACCAUUUGGCUAAGGUCAGAACUUUGGCACAUAAACGCAUGGCUGAGGAUUCUCUGCAUGUUUUGCACAUAGCUCUAACAGCAACAUGGUUGCCUAGAAAAUGGCUAGGUGAUCAUACAUUCCCUAAACAAGACAGACAGAUAGAUAUUUAACUUACCCCGUCCAAGUAGCCUACAAAACAGAACGCUUCACGGCAGGUGAAGUCGUGUACGUUGUGUCAUUUCCAUCAUGCAUACUCCAACAUAAACGAGUCCAUUAAGUUUCUAUUGUCGAUUGUCUUAUCAGAAGCGAUAUGUGUGUUAUUAGCAGUGGCUAUAAAUAAUUUGUGUAGUGAAACAAACAUAGAGUACUCGUCUUUGUUUAUGGGCGGCGGCCUAACCUAAACAAGUAUUGCAAACAAAACCAAAGACAGGCCUACUAGAGUAGACUGAUCACACUGCCACGCCCCCAGACAGUCCUCGACUGGAAAACAUGGGCUUACACAGUCUACUUUGCUGACAAAUUAUUCAGUGAUCCUAAAAAAUGUGUUUUUGUGUUGAAGAUUGACAACAUGCGGAUCUUUUUAACAGCACCAUACGAUCGGUAAACGUAAUCUUAGCUGAUGGCCAUCAAGUUAAAUAUCAGACAACACCGAUGUUCGGCCGAUUGAUCAGUGCAUCCCUAUAAUUCAAAUACAUAAAACAAUAGGACUUUAAUUUAAAGCUAGCCAAGUGCAAAUAUUUGACAAAAUUAACGAGGUUCCAGACCAAAGGAGAUGUGAGGGUGACUAUAAUGUAGUAAAUAGUGAAUGUAUGCCAAUUACCAGCCUAUUCAAUGGGACAGUUGGUUUUCUCAGGUGUGCGGAGAUCUCUACCCUGGCCUCAUGUAUAGAUAUCUGAAAUCUGAAUAAAUCUUGGAGGAAGCAGGAAUUUGUGGCAACCUCUAUCCAGGUGGUAUUUUUGUACUGUUUUCAUGUCCCAUUACAAACAACAAUAGAGUAAUCUAAGAAAUUAUACUGUAUGUUCAAUCAUCUUGCCAGUUGUCCGCUAGUCAAUCAUGAUGAAUCUUUCUAGCUGACCAAAUUUCCACAAUUGUUUACAUAUUCUUGAUAAAGGAGGAGACAAAAUUAUAUCUCAAUAUUUCUGCAGUGCCUAACUUCAGCAAGUCCAAGGCCUCCAUGUUGUGCUAAAGGUAUAUCCUUCAAACAAACAUCAAUAACAAAGGAAAAGUCAUUCGGAGUCAGAAAGUACCUUAUGUUGAUUUACAGUAGGCCUACCAACCAGUAGAGGAUGGUGUAGAAUUGUUAGGGCUUGGCUUUGACACAUUCUGUUGAACUGUAGGAGAGAAUAGGGAGGGUCUACAGUACUUCCAGUCUCCUAACUCCAGACUGUUGCAGUGGACAUGGCUGACAGAACGGCUCAGCUGUAGGGCUUCCAUUAAGGCCAGCGAUAUCUGACUGACAAUAAUACAGAAUGAGUGAUGACAUGAGGUUGGAUGUUGUAUGAUUUCGCUUCUGGCACAGUCUCCUGUCCUGUCCUGCUCCAAGUCAUGUGUAACAUACCUGUGCACUCCUAUGCAGAUGCCUGCUUACUCUCAGUUGGAAAGGUUGUUGAUAUGGAUCAACCCAAAGAAUAAUUUUUUUAAGAAGUUUGGAUGAAAUCAAUAUAUUUAUAAAUACAUUCCUUUCCAAUGAAAAUGGACUUUUUUGAAGAAGAAGAAGAAGAACCCUGUACAUUGUCUGUGUAGUUUUGUUUUUGUUUUCAAGAUGUUUAAAAUGUUUUGUUUUUAUUUGACAAAAUGUAAAGAGAUGGUAAGUGUAGGGAGAUUCCUUAAGUAUUUAAGAUCCAGUAUUCGGCACAGAAACAUGGUAGAGUUGAAGUGGGUUAAAAUACACAGUAGGACUGAACAGGGUGGGGAGAAAGCAAUGUUUCAGCCUUGGUAAAUGAUAAGAUUGGGCUCAAAGUAUUGAGCAACUCUUCCCAUGACAAACGACAUGUUUGUCUUUCAUCAACCUGUCUUCUUGUUAAACUACAUGACAUUAUAAUUUAGUUGAACAUUUUAGCUCUUAAAUUUAAAUGUAGUGUUUUUUUCUUCAUGAAUAUCUGUCGACUUGUGUCAUUAUGUUAUUGUAUUGUCUUCGUUUUUUUAUUUGAAUACUUUUCUUAAAGUCUGUCUCUCGAGUCUUUUUGCUGGCAGCAUUGUGAUGCUGUUCUGGUAUGUGGAGAGUGUUGUGGCGAAGGCGGACAUUCCACAGCGUGUCAUCUGCUUGUCCUUACGAGCAAGAUAUGCUGCCUGGAAUUUCACAUUGUUUCAGUGCUUCUGGUGAGUUCACUGUGUGUGUGUGUGUCUUCAUGUGCAUUUGUGUCUGUUUUGCAUUUCACUCACCAAUCUAAGAACAUGCACUUUUUUCGGAGCGAAGUCUUUAUGAAUUGUGGGACUGAAAUGCCUAGCUUUGGUUCAGGUUCUAUUUGUCCACUCAUUCCCAGACUGAGCAGAAUGGGAAACCCAUUUAUUCUGUGACAUUAUCAAUGGAAAAAACAGGAAAUUGACACCUUGGCCCAAUUUAGUUUGCACACACACUACUUUAAGGUUACGACAAUUAUGCAAAGACUGAUGCAAGAUUUCACCAUUUGGGAACUUCAGUAACUUUUCAAUGAACGGUUAUAGGAACUGUCCAGGUGAUGGGUCUGCAUUGAUGAAUGAAUGAAGCCAGCCAGGGCUGUGAAGUAGUGGUUCUAUAGUCUAACUCACAGUAGGCUACACAAUGGAAAUUCUCUAUACAGCUCCCAUAAUAUUGAGACCAAUUGAGAGAAACCUAUUCAUGAAUUAACAUAGAAGAGCCUUAUCUUUUGUUUCUGAGAUUAAUGAAUGUCAGUACGCUUGAUUAAAUUAAGUAAGACUCCAGAUUACAAAAUGAGCAUUAGGAAGGUCAGUGCUGAGAAUAGUAAAUAUACUUUGGCUACAUAUGUGUAUGUAUGUAUGUACACAUUCUCAAUAUACAUAUGCAUACUCAUUCAGUAAUACUGUAUAUAUGAUAUUAGUUUUUCUAUUCUGAACUUUGAUAAAGAAAUACAUCAUUUAUGUACAGCGAGGGAAAUACAUGUAUAAGUGUCUGGUUUUAUAUUCAUAGCAAAUAACUAUUUUCAAUAAAGGGGUGAAAUAUAUUGUAAGCAUUAGAUAGAAUUUUAUAGACCGUUUUCAAGGUGUGGAGUGUGUU